GACAUUUAUUUGUGAAAGACAAAAACAGUGGACAGGCACUGGAUGGUGUAUUUUUGGAAACCGGACCGACGGACCUCGGGACAGACUGGAGACCACCGGAUUGUGAUUAAUACAUAUCUGCGUGUAUUAGACCAGCUCUGGUCAAGAUGUGACGCCAAGCAAGGACGAAAGAAGAUCUAGAUCAGCAGAUGGACGAACCAAGUCGGGAACAAAACAAACCGUGUCACCCAGACUACAGUAACGUUAGAGGCUGAAUCAUUCACAUGCUAACAGCCACCUGAGAGCUGAGUUAGGUUUGAAUUUUAUAGUAAGGUAGCUAACGGUCAUUUGUUGAUCUGUCGAAGAUUCUUGUACUUAUCUCUUAUCCGCCUCCCAGUUUAUUAUACAUGUUACAAUGGUAGUGUAGGCUUACACAAGCGUUGUCCGUUAGACUAGCAAGUUAGCAAGCUAACGUUAGCUGUUGCUAACGUUACCCUUAUUUGAACUGCUGAGAAGCUAACUAGCUACAGAAUGUACUGAGGUUGCGAGACUGCAUUCUUUUCAUACAGUGUUUACUACAAGUAGCUCGUCAGUUCGGAGUGACCUUAAGAAUGUGAAGCACAAUGGCCAACUUUGAAGCUUACCAGGAGUAUCAGAGAAUUGAGGACUUCGAGGAGGACUCGCCACCAGGGGAGGAGGAUUUACUGGUGCACGUGCCUGAAGGCCUGAAAGACUCCUGGCACCAUAUCAAGAACCUGGAUAACUUCUUCACAAGAAUCUAUCAUUUUCAUCAAAAGAAUGGCUUUGCUUGUAUGAUGUUGUCGGAGUUCUUUGAACUUGUUCAGUUAUUGUUUGUUGUCACAUUCACAACGUUCCUUGUCAACUGUGUGGAGUAUGAUGUCCUGUUUGCCAAUCGAGCGGUCAACCACACUGGGCCAGGCCAGAACCCCUUGGACAGAAACAAAGUCACUCUUCCAGAUGCCAUCCUACCCAGCCAGGAGUGUACUCAAAGGAUUCAAGAGAAUAGCUGGAUUAUAUUCCUUCUCAUCAUGGCAGCCAUCUUCUGGAUCUAUCGACUUGUUAAAGUCUUCUGCAAUGUUCUGAGCUACUGGGAGAUCAGGCAGUUCUACAUCAAAGCACUGAAGAUCAAAAUGGAUGAUCUAUGCAAUUUCACAUGGCAGGAAGUUCAGGACCGGCUCAUCAGCCUGCAGCGAGAGCAGCAAAUGUGCAUACACAAGAAAGAGCUAACAGAACUUGACAUCUAUCACCGCAUCCUGCGAUUCAAGAACUACAUGGUGGCCAUGAUAAACAAGUCCCUGCUGCCAGUGCAGCUGCAGCUCCCCCUGCUGGGCAAUGUGGUGUUCCUCACCCAGGGCCUCAAGUACAACUUUGAGCUCAUCCUCUUCUGGGGUCCUGGCUCUCUGUUUCAAAAUAAGUGGAACCUGCACCCCAAGUACAAGCGGAGUGGGAACCGCCUUGAGCUCGCCCAGCAGCUUAGUAGAGUCAUUCUGCUGAUGGGUUUGGCCAACUUGCUGCUAUGUCCCUUCAUCCUGGUGUGGCAGGUGCUGUACGCUUUCUUCAGCUACACCGAAGUGAUCCGCAGAGAACCCGGAAGCCUGGGUGCACGACGCUGGUCCCUGUACGGUCGUUUGUACCUGCGCCACUUCAAUGAGCUUAACCACGAGCUGCACGGACGCUUAGGCCGUGGCUACAAACCCACUUCCAAAUACAUGAACUCCUUUACGUCACCAUUGCUGACUGUGCUGGCUAAGAACAUUGCCUUCUUCUCAGGCUCAGUGUUGGCUGUGCUCAUUGCACUGACUGUCUAUGAUGAGGAUGUUCUGACAGUGCAGCACAUUCUGACCGCUAUCACUGUGCUGGGGCUGGUUAUUACUAUCACCAGGUCCUUCAUCCCAGAUGAGCAUAUGGUGUGGUGUCCAGAGCAGCUGCUGCAGUGCAUGCUGGCACACAUUCACUACAUGCCAGACCACUGGAGGGGCAAUGCUAACAAGAGCGAGACCCGUGACGAGGUGGCGCAGCUGUUCCAGUACAAAGCGGUGUUCAUCUUAGAGGAGUUGCUCAGUCCUAUUGUCACGCCCUUCAUUCUCAUCUUCCUCCUGAGGAAUAAGUCUCUAGAGAUCAUUGACUUCUUCAGGAACUUCACUGUGGAGGUGGUUGGAGUUGGGGACAUCUGUUCCUUCGCACAGAUGGACAUCAGACGGCAUGGAAACCCAACAUGGAUGUCAGAGGGCCAGACGGAGGCUUCCAUUUACCAACAGGCCGAAAAUGGCAAGACAGAGUUAUCUCUUAUGCAUUUCACCAUUAAGAACCCACACUGGCAGCCGCCUCAGGAGAGUUCGGUGUUUAUCAGCCAUCUAAAGGAAAAGGUGCAACACGAUGCACAGGGCGGCCCAUCCACCCAGCUGCUGCUCUCUGAGGCGCCUCUCUGCACGUCACUGCAGUCAAACGAGUCAGGCACUGGGCCUGAAAAUCUGUUGGCCAGUGUCUUGGCCCACCCCAUUCUAACUGCGUCAGGACUACAAGGGCGAGACCGUCGCUUCAUCCCACCAAGCACCGCCGCUUCUGCUGCUGCCAGUGUCCUGGCCUCCUUGUCCACCUCCCAGCUUGCACAUCCCAGCCGCGGCCGCUCACAUGGCCUCCUGCCCUCAUCCGUCCACCCCGAGAGCACCAUGUACCGCAGCGAUCGCACCGUCAUUGACAGUAUGUCUAACAGCGACUCUCACAUCCGGAGCAAUACACUGCACACAGAGUUUGCCUCAGCGGAAAUGAGCCUCCAUGCCAUCUACCUGCAUGAGCUCCACCAGCAGAGCUCCCACCCACAGAGAACUUCGGGGCAGUGGCAGAACCCAGUGCCAAUGAGAGAUCUGCACACAAACGCUGGUUUCCAGGCACAUAGUGGCCUUGGUACCAGUAUUUCCAUGCCCACUCCUGUCCAUCUUGGGGGCUGGCAAGAGGAGGAGGAGGAGGAAGAGGGGGAUGAAGAUGAUCAGGAGAUUAACAGUGGAUCUACUCCAAAACAGGGCACUGGGAGUAGUUGUUGAAGUGCCUUAUGUCAUAAGGUAUAUGCUCUCUUUUAAACUCUGUAAUAAGACACUUGUCUACGAUCUAUGCUUUGUGGUUCUGUAUCCUGUGACAUACUUGUUUGUUGAACCUAACAACAAAUGGCCUUUUAUCCUACAAGGGAUACAUCGGCGUGAUAAUUUCUUCUCUUUCUCCCUUUUUUUUUUUUUUUUUUUAGUGUUUACAUUUUACUUUCUUCUAUGAACAUUGUGGCCUUAGAUGAUCUUCAUGGAGAAUUUAGCAUGGACCUUUUUAAAACACCAUUCAGCGUUUAUUGUAGGAGAGGCUCAUUGAGUAACCACUGUCUCCGCACCUCCACGCGUCAUCCUGUCACACCAGGCAGACUAUGGCAUCAGGGAAACCAUAUGUCUUCCGUCCGUUUCAACAUGAUUUUGUCAUAAACUUGUACGGACAAACUGCGUUUAAAGUGAGAGAGACAAUAUAGUGUGUUCAUAGGAUCACUGUGUGAUGGUGGGUGUGGCCAAUUUUAUUGUGGAAUGCAAAAUGCUCGUCGCGACUUUUUGCAUAGCUUGUGUGCACAAUUCAUGUAUUUGUGCAUCACAAAGUUUAACAGCAUGAGUCUAAUUGAAGUUUGUCACAGAGUGGUGUCUUGAUCUGUGCUACAAAGGCUGCAAGCUGUAUCGUAGCUGUCUGAACAAUUUUGAUCACCUGAACAAACACAUUCAGUAUUUCAAGUUGUGCUGGUACCCUGGUGAUUUGUAUAUACACUUUUGCGUCUUACUUAUCCUUUUAAUGUCCUCAUUUUUACAACCAGAUGUAAUCCUUGACAAAGAUACCAAGUAUUGAUAUGAUAAAGAGCUGACUGUACAGUAGCUGUACCACUAAAACACCAUGUGUCCUAAAAGCCCUACUGGGUUAGACAAAACAUGUCUUUAAACUAGACAGACACAUGCUUCGAUGGUGCCGUCUGUGUUUAGUGGUCCUAAAUACAGAUUCUAUUCAGUAUUACUAUUUCCACAGCAUGUAUCAAGACAUUACUAUUUCUCAAAAACAGAGAUGAAAUCAAGGGUCCCAGAUACGCUUGGCGUCAAAAUCUGAUGCAGAUACAAGAUGUCUUUUAAGUAGAUUUAAGCUAGACACAAAGUCAGCUUUAUGCCUUAACACCCAUAUAAAAACACAAGUAUUUAAAUCCUAGUUUUCCGUAUUACCUCAGUGGUGGUGAAGAAAAACUAAUACUCCAUAAUACCUCUGCAGUGUAUUUACUCUUGUAAAAUAUAUAUAGUACACAAAGGUAUAUUUGCAGUGUACAUAUGCAUCUUUUAACUGCAUUUUGAUUUUAAUGGCAGGUGUAAAUGGAAUCUGUUUCAUUUUCUGUUCCUAUUUCUUGUCUAGCAGAUGUUUUGAAUCAAGCAUUGAUGUCCCAGAAAUGGUGGGGAUUAAACAUUUUUUUGGGGUGACAUUACAAAUCUUUGUUGUGCACAUUAACAUUGUGUUUGUGUCCUUUACCCAAAAUGCUCACAUAAGAAUGGAACAUCAUUGUAAGGGCUGUUUUAAGAGUGUGCACUGUGGACUGAAGAUUUUAGGACAGCAGUUCCUCUCAGUGUUGGCUUCGUCCUUCCAAAGUAAAGAAAAAAGCCUUUCCACAGUCAGCAUCAUUUAGCUUUAGGUUUACUUAUUGGAUGGCCUUUGUACCGUAGCAAAUAUUUAAUUGAUUUAUUUAUUUGAAAAACAUGUUUAGAUAGUUUUGUCAAAUCACUUGAUUUCACAAAAGCUUAUAUUCUUAUUAUAUUAUACCCCCCCCCCCCACACACACACACACACACACACUAAAAGUAGUUAAAAAAGUACUUUUUGAAUUUCAAAUUAAUAUAAAAAGGCUUUAUUAAUGCAAAGACAACAUGGCCAGCUGCAUGAUUUUGAAUGUAAUUUACACGUAAUAUAAACCGGGACUAAAUCUGGUAGUUGAUGCAGUGCGCAAAAUAUCUUUCUACCCAUUUUUUAUUACAUCCUACACAGAUCACAGUAAUAUUGAUCUCAUCCUCUUCGACUGCAAGACUUUAGAGGCUAUGUGUCUUUGCCCUCUCGUGGGUUUCGAACUAUUACAUUUUCUUUGUGAGUGUGUCUGUGGGAUGAAAAUGUUUUGACACCUGCAUCGUUAUGCUAACAUGAACUCUGAAUUUUGCACUGACUGAAAAUAAAAACAUUUUUAACCAAUGUGUGCAUAGACAGUACUUGCAACAGUUACGUUUUAGAAAAGGCAGGUCUCAAAAGGGACACUGAGUCAGUGUCCACGUUGAAUGACCUCUUCUCAUUGUUUAUAGAUAAGCAAAGCAUCAGCACGUAUUGUAUCGUCAUUGCCCACAGCAGACCACCCGGAAGCACUGUGGCCAAUCAUAUAAGAUCCUUCUUACCUCUCCUUAGUAAAGAUUCGCCCUGUAGGGGAUGAUGUGUGUUUCUGUUGCAUUGUUAAAUAUGCUCACAUGGGUAUUGUGGUCACUGUCUAUUUGUGCAGUGAGUUUAUUAUUGUAGAGACACUGGAGCUCAGCUUUGUGCACAGAGUUGGUUUCUUUUCACGGUCUCCACAUUUACACCUCACUGUUACGUUUGUCUUUUUAUUUUAAGCAGUGCCUUAGUAUUGCUCUUCAUAGAAUCCAGUUUCACAUUUAGCACGUACUAUGUACAGUAUUUCUUUUGGUAAAUCAUUGUGUAUAGCAUCAAGUAUGCUAUACACAGUGGUGAAGUUGUGGAUGUGUCGUUGCGUCUGACAGCGCACUACUUCUGAUCAUGGUGUCUAAAUCUGCACUUUCCUCUGUAUCCUAAAGAAGCAGGAGCUUGUCUUGUUAAUUGGCGGCAUCAUCAUGGCCAACCUUCUCGUCAUGCUAUGGUUUCUUAUCCACUACACACCAGUCUAAGAAUCACAGUGACUGGAACAAGGUGCUAAGUUUUCAUCCUGAAAUGUUGAAUAUGUUUUGAGACAUGUUUGUUUUGUUACAUAGGUUUGUCUGUUUUGUUCUAUAAAUUAAGAAACACUAGCUGAAAAGUGAAACAUGCCAAAAGAACUUGUUUUCGGCACAGCUUUACAAUACAUGUGUUGUUUUCUGUGAGUGGGUAGAGAGGCAAAUAAAUCUUAUUUUGAGUGUAUUUAAUCAUAUCGUGUGGUUGAUUGUGAUGUUUAUUUGAAAUAAAAAUAUAUUUUAAUUUUGUGAGACA